AGCGGCGGUUCCCCCCAGCCUCCGUCCCGAGCCCGGCCGGGCUCCGCCGCUGCUUUCCUGACCCCGCGCUGCGGGCGGGGGUAGCCCGAAGGUGCCGCAGGAACGCGUGUCCGCCCCGGGAGCAGCGGAGCCCCCUCGGCGCGGCUCUCCCGGCUGCCGCGGGCCGCGAAUCCCGGCCGUGCCGGAGGAGUCCCGCGGGGACCGGCUCGGGUCACCAUGUCCCGCGGGGGCAGCCGCUGGCCGGUUCACCUGCUGGCGAUCACCUGCCUGAUGGCCGGGCCGGCGCUGAGCCAGGAGUGCUCCGCGGAGAAGAUGGAGAAUUCCAUCAUCGAUAUAGACCUGUCUCUGCCCCGCGGCGUCCGGGGCGCGGAGCCGCUGCGCGUCCCCAGCGCGGGUGCCUGUGUCCGCGCCUGCUGCUCGGGGCCCCGGCUCGCAGGAGACAAGAAGUGUAAUUUGAUUAUUUUUUAUGCUGCAAGAACAAGUACACAUCCAAACUGCUACUUGUUUUACUGUCCUAGCACUGAGGCUUGUCCGAUGAAACCUGCAACAGGACUUGUGAGCUACAAGAUAACUAGAGACAUUCAUGCUCUAGAGGAUAAAUCCAUCAAAACUGAGAACUUUUCUUCAAAUGAGUAUUCUUUGCCUUCGGAUGCUGGAACCUUUAUUUCUCACAGUCAGGAUAUCCAUCAGAAUCACACUGCCAGUUUGGAGCAGUCUGUCUUUCAUCAGGCAUCUGAACUCCUGAACCACAUAGGCAAGCAUUUGGACAACAUGGAACUUGAUACAGUUUCUCCUGAAUCUCAAAGAGCAAAAGAAUCUGAGAGCUUAGACCCCAUCUCAAGGCAGCAGGUAAUUAAAGUGCCACCAAGCACUCCUGCUGCUGCUCCAGUUGGAAACCCCACUGCUUCCUUCCCCACCUCUGCUUGGGCAGGUGCCCCUGAAACCAGCAGUGCAUCUCUUGCUCCUCUGCCAACAGGCACUGCCCAGCUGGAGUCUCUUACAACCUCUCUGCAUCCUGGUGCUGCCAAACCAACCACAGCUGCCUCUCCACCUGCUGCAGCCACUGCAGCUAAACCUGCAGUCCCUGCCACCAGCGUCACUGUUACGCAUGUUCCUCUUUCCAAGCCCACAAAUUCUGCUUCUCCUUCUACAACCAUGCAGGUGACCACAAAUUCUGGAUCUGCUACUGCCCUAUCAGGGCUAAGGACUCCAGCCAUGGCUCCUGAGCCAACAAUUGUCUCUUCCAGUGAUACCAGCCAUGUGACCCUCCUCUCUUUUCCAGGUUUCGUUCUGUCCAGCGAUUCUCCUGCAUCUUCCCAAAAUGACCUUCAGGGUUAUGACCCAUCUGACUCAGAAAGCUCCCUGUCAGAAGGUGUUCUGAGAGAGAAAGGUGUCUUUCAUCUGGGGGAAAAAAGCAGCCUUGUAGCAGCUUUGUUUUUUGGGGUGACAUUCCUGUUGCUAGUUAUUGUGCUGACAGGGAAGAAAAUCCAUGAAUCUCUUCAGAAGAGGCAUUACACCAGGCUGGAUUAUUUGAUCAAUGGAAUGUAUUCUGAUGUCUGACUGGGAGAGGGAAUAAAACUUUGGGGAGCACCUCUCACUUUUGAGAGGAGAACUCUGAAAUGGAACAGUAGAUAUUGAAAUCUCAGAAGAGGAUGGAUUCCUUUUUUGGGCUCUAAUGGGAAAGCAGGAGACAGGAGAUGGGUUUGGUGGUGAAAAGGAAUGCUCUGUCUGUGCUGAACUAUAAUGUCUGUCAUUUUUGAUUUAUUCCUAAAUCCUGAGAGUAAACAUCUAAAUCCAAGUUAAGCUAAGAAGGUCUUAUAUUUAGGGAGAAAAUGCAUUUCAUGAGCUUAAUCUGUAUUGUGACAAGAUUAGUGAAAUUGAAGUUCACCUAAUAAAUUGAGUACCUGUGCAGCA